UAGCUCUCAGAACAUAGAGGGGACCGAGCAGCUAUCUGUCAUUACAACUCAACAAUCGUUAUUUACAUUGAUGUGCAGAUGGAUCUAGGUACAGACUCGGAUGUGUGUUAAUGGUUAAUGGAAAUGUGGCCAACCUUUGAUCGGACUGAACUGCGUAUUAAAGUUGUUUGGUGAAAGAGGUAAAACAUUGUCUCAUCGUAAUCGGGGAAAGUUGUACAGGGUUCACGACCUUCACCUAAAUCUAAGGAACCUAUGGAUUUAGUCUUCAACAACUAGAUGAAGUGCGAAGGACUGCUUUCUCUGGAUUUUUAUGCAAACAUCACCUAUCAAUUCUACAGGUAUUAAGUGCUUCUUUCCAGGGCUGAAGAAUCAACAUCAAAUGUCAUUAUCGUUAUCUUAAUUAGUUUAUAUUAGGUGUCUGGUAAUGUGUGUCCAUGACAAGGAUGCUAUUAAAUUGAUUAUGUUAAAACAAAGGUAAAAUAUAUCGUGUGAAGGAGACUUACUUUGAAUGUUGAAUUAUUGAGGGCUGAUGUACAGUGUCUGCCCUAUUUCUUUCCUUCCUUAUCAAUAUCUGUAAUCCUCUCUUUUAUCAUGUCAGUGCUUCUUCUAGUGGGCUGCGCAUAAGCAAAUACUGGCGCACGCACAAAGUCAACACACACACGCACGCAUACCUGUGCACACACACACAAACUAAGAAACACACAAAGAAACAAAAGCACACAAACCCACACAAAUAUAAAAAAACUGACUCUUUAACACUGAGCAGAUACACACACAAAGGCAUCUCACACACUUGUACAGACCCAAUCAUAGUCGUAAACAGAGAUUACAGAACGAAAGGGAAGCAUUAUAUUUUCCCUUGUCAUUACCUGGAUGUCCAUUUAAACCCAUGACCCAGUGCAUGAUGUCAUCUUCUUUUUGUUGGAAGGUUAUUGGUAAUUUCCUGCCUCUUGGGACUAAUGGUCCAAGCUACAACAAGCUUUUACACAAGCUCACAAGAACUCACUGCUUUGGACUGGUUCUGUACUCACGCCGGUCGUGGUUAAUCAAAAUGACAACAAUAUUGAGGACCUUGCUUCUCCAUGCUGUGAUCCUCUGUGUAAUGCAGACAUCAGGUGUGCGUAUUGAGUCUGUUCCAGGUAGUGUUGAGCAGAUGAUUGAGAUGAAGCUGGAUGGCACCGUGUCUCUGAUCUGCCGGCAUAAGACUGCCGCUAGGACUGACAUGGAGCUGGUGUGGCUGAGAAACAAUGCUCUGGUGAAGCUGGAGAACAACAACAGGGGUGAUAACAGCUCCAUCUGUGUGACACCUCUGACACACGAAGACAACGGCGCUAUUUUUACCUGCCAGAGGAAGAAUGACACCACUUUGAAUGACUCAGUGACCCUGAACGUCACCUAUGCCUCCAGGACGAAUGGCAGUGAGGAGUUCGACAUGGAGGAACAGGAGACUCUGGUGCUGCUGUGUGACAUGUAUGCCAACCCUGCUGUGAUAGUGUCAUGGGAGUUUAAUGGAACCCAACUGGAGCACACCGCUGGCCAAGUCAUAGUGACCAAUGACGGCUUCACGAGCAAGCUGACGGUGAACAAAUUGGACAUGGAUCUGCACCGGGGAACGUACAUAUGUGAAACAAAUUCGCCCAAACAUGGAAAACAAAGACGAACCUUCAUUGUUCGUGUUAAAGAAAGGACCAUCAGGUUCCCUGUGAUGCCGAUCGUGGCUGGCGUCGUGGUAGUCUUCCUCACAAUACUUCUGGCCAUUUUCUCACGAAGAAAGAAGAUUGCUAAGUGCUUCAAGUGAAGCCGUUACAUGUGGAACCACUCCAAGCAGGUGCCUGUAAAUGUAUUCAUGAGAAUUCUGUGUAAAGGUUAUGUUUUAUACUGUAUUUAAUUAUAAACGUUUGGAAAAUGAAACCUUGAGACGUUGCCUUGUAUGAGGUGAUUGAAAGCUGGAUUAUGCCUGUAUUUAAAAAAUAAAUAAAAAGGUACUAUAUUGCAAUUGGUUA